GACAUUUCGUUUUCAAAAUGGCGCUUUCUAAGCACGAAUAGCAAAGAACAGGGAACUGAGAUUAUCGCGAUGAUGGAGGACUCGAAAUUUAGCGAUUGCCUAUCUGAAUUUUUGAGUACUGGGAUUUACCGAUUCGAAAAUUCAAAUGCUGUUUUUAUCGAUCCGGUUCGUAUCCUAAACCGUUCAUAUACCCGGUUUAGAGUUUUGCCAUCUGCCUAUUACUCUCGUUUCUUCGAUUCCAAUCACAAUCUCUCUUCAAAUCCAAAGAAAAGAAAGCGCAAACAGAAAAAAAAUUACUAUUUAAACGAAAGAGAACAAGCUGCUGAUAAACGCCACCAACAAGCGAGGCCUAUGUUGUCCAAGGCACUGGAAUGCUUAAUGGAGACUACUGAUCUUUUAUCAAUUAUGAGAGACUUAAGGAGUGAUAUUUGUUCGUCAGAAUUAACAAAAUUGACACUGCCUCAUGAUGAGCUGUCUUUUGUAGAACUAGGCCGUGUUUGGCAAGCUCCUCUCUAUGAUAUUACUCUUAAUUUUCCUCGGUCAGUAAAAGAUUCAGCAAUUGAUCAAUGCAGAGACCAAAGUAAUCUUCCCGUGUUUAAUAAUUUGGUUGUUAAUGAGACAUGCGAUGAUUUAGAGGCUGAAUUUCUAAACAGGAAAUAUAUACUACCUAGAGAGAGUUGCUUCUACAUGUCUGACCUGGGGCUGAUCCGCAACCUUAUUCCUGCUGAGUCUGGAUGUGGCUUCAAUCUGAUUUUGGUCGAUCCACCAUGGGAAAAUGCUAGUGCUUCUCAGAAACUCCUGUACCCAACAUUGCCAAACCGGUAUUUCUUAUCCCUUCCUAUUAAGCAACUUACUCAUACAGAUGGAGCACUUGUAGGCUUAUGGGUUACCAACAGGGAGAAAUUGCGUUCUUUUGUCGAGAAAGAGCUCUUCCCCGCAUGGGGAGUCAGUUAUGCCGCUUGUUUUCACUGGUUAAAGGUGAAAGCAGAUGGCUCUUUAGUUAGUGAUUUAAACCUCUUUCAUCACAGACCUUAUGAGUGCCUUCUGCUGGGUUACUGCCAUCCUGAGGUGAAAAGCACGAAUUCUAAACAGAUGCUGAACUUGAGAGCUUUAGAAAAUGAUGAAAUCAUUAUAAGUAUCCCUGGUGAUUACUCGAGGAAGCCCCCAGUUGGAGAGUUACUGCUGGGGCAUGUUCCAGGCCCUAAACCUGCUCGAUGCAUUGAAUUAUUUGCCAGAGAGAUGAUAGGAGGAUGGACUUCUUGGGGGAAUGAACCUCUUCGCUUCCAAAAUUCAAGCUAUUUUAUAGAAAGAUGAUGACAACACAUGUGGAUGAAGGCCCAUGUAUUUGAACUGCUCAAUGGAACCUGGAAUUCACGGCUUUCCUCUCUUCCUAGACACGAAUCCUGCAAUGCCCUCAAGUAACAAGAGAAUGAAAUUGGUGACGUAUGGUCCAAAACCAGCUAGUUCAACUGUAUGGCAUAGAUUGUGCAUGUGGUGAAUGCUGUUUAGAUGUUGAGUUAGAAGAGAGGGUAGAAAAGAAAUAGAUCUGCUUUGAAUUUUGGAGCAGUGGGGCUAGUAGUUGUUUAUGUUGAAAUAGAUGCACCGUUCUUAUAAAUUUUGAAUGCUCAAUCUCAUUGUUUUAGCUCAAAGUGCAGUUUUGAAUGUAUAACCUAUGAAUGGAGUCAGGUUGCACUAUUGAUAUUUUAGUGUCACGAUUUCAUAAAAUGCAUUUUCAUUGCUUGA